AUGCUCAAGCGACUCAGGAAGCUCUCCAGCCGGCGCAAUUUACGCACAGCGCCAUUCGACUCUGCCAAAGGAUCACCUCCGGCCGUGCCAAGUACUCCGGCAAUAGAAGUUUCAAGAAGCGUGACGCCAGUCGAUGCUUCCUCGGGCAAAUGCGCAGUUCCCGAGGCGAGUGUCAGCUCCCUCGCGACAACAGUGCCCGCGACUUCCGGCUCACAUACGGCCGCUCCUGCCAUCGAAACGACUGCCCCGUCUGAAGACAAUCCAAGCAAAGAUGCGCAACAAGACGAUCGCUUCGCGGAUACCUGGCAGCAAGUGAAUAAGCCGCCUGCCGUGAAAACUGGGAUCACCAGAGCACUUGACGACCUGGACUGUCGCCUCUGGCUGCCCAAGGGCGGACUAUCGCCGACGAUCAGCAAAAGCAUCAUGUCAAGCGCCGGCCAGAUCGCCACGGAUUUCGGCCUGAAAGACAAGAUUGGUAGCUUCAUGAAAGGCAUGCCGAUCUUCAUGGACGCCCUGGACGAGGUUGGGAAGAUUCAUCCUAUCGUGCAAGGUGUCGUCAUCGUCUUCAAGGCGGCGUAUACGCUGGAGGUCAAACGACGUGACAACGACAAGAAGAUCACGGCCCUGUUUUCGGAGAUGAAGGACGUUAUGGCGGUUCUGCUCCGUCUGAAAGAUAUGCGAGACGAUGGCAUGCGCAUCACGCGGCCGGACGGAACUGUUCUCAAGGACCAGCUGCGAGAAUGUCUAGAUUCUAUCGAGGCGAGUGUCAAGGAAUGCUCCAAUAUGUGCGACACGUACUCCAAGAAGAGCCUCUUAUCCAAAGUCGUACACGGACCGAUCUGGAAUACAAGACUUGCGGGCUACGUAGCAACGUUUCGGGACCACCGGGGUAAACUGGAGUUUACACUCGUCGCGCGUACUGGACUCGGUGUUGAUGAAGCGAACAUCAAGUUGGAUAUCUUGAUCAACUUCUUUGCCAACUCUCUCUCUAGCCCCGAGGUUCGUAGGCUUUCCAAACAGUACGGAGAAUUACAGGCGCCCGCACGUGGUCAUGGUGGCCCGCAUCGUGCAGACGCAAAGGACCCUCGGGUCGUUAAUCUUGUCGAACAAGCUCGCAGGCUCGAGGGCGCGCGGGCGCCAGUACCGGGAGGCAAGAGCGGUGAGAAGGAGAAGGAUAAGAGCGAGGCUCGUCACCUCGAGUAUGAGAGGGUCCUUGAGGAGAAACCGGACGAAUCGGUGGAGAACAACAGGGAGUUGUUCGAUAGGAAUCUAGAGUUACAGAUGGAUAUACUGCGAGAUGUCGUUCACGAGGAAGGAAAGUGGAUCGUCGCCGCUGUCGGUGAACAAGUCGGAAGAGGCGCUCAUGAUCGACUCGCGAAUGAGGACAUUCGUCAGCUAUGGAAGGAUAUGGGCUGGCGUGGCACUGUCGAUACUCGACUACUUGUCGUCACGUUGAGGGAUCGGUAUACCGAAAAGUCAAUCCUACACCAGCUCGACACCGACGACGAAUGGGCACUCGGAUGUAUCGACAUGAAGAAUGUUCAGCCCAUCGUCGAAGCGAUUGACGAGGACGCCUCUGGGUUCUUAACGAUCGGGGAACUGAACGCCUUCACGGAGUCGCCGGGAAAACCGAAAGAUUGGACUUUAUUGACAUGGAUCGCUUAUUGGGCAGUGGGUUGGAAGGCUGUGCAGAUCGGCUAUGCCCAAAAGAUCCAGCAGAUCGCCACUCAGCUAAUCAGUCUUUCCUCGCACGUUCUCCCCAUCAAUCGUUCUGCUGCUUGGAACUACAUGUCACGCACCUCGUUGGCAACUUAUGCCUUUGCCGGCCCAUUCUGGAGAAUGAACCAGGGCUUUGAAGAUGUCCCGGAGCGUUUUGGGCAGUAUACGCUCUCGCAAGAAGCCCGGCUUCGAGAGAACCUGGAGAGGAUCCAUUUCAUCGUGGACGGGCGCAGCGCUCUAGAUCUCGUGCUGGGAAGUGGACGCACAGAGAAGAACGCACUGGCUCUAUUGUAUAUCCUUCUAGAGAGACAUUUCAAUAUACUCAAAACGGCUUGCCGCUAUGCAAUCGCGAACGACGAACUCUCAGAAGCAGCGACAGCCAUCGAAACUUUGCAAGACGCAAUCGCUCUGCGGAUGCAAGACCUUGCGAAUAGCUUCCAGCAGCAGCGUUUCAAUCUCUUGAACGAGUUUGAUGUCUAUAUAUGCGGCAUGUUCCGUUACUUCUAUACGCCGUCCCUUUUUGCCGAAGAAGACACUUGGGAGUCGAUCGAGGUUCAUGAGGGCGACGCAGACGAUGAAGUCAAGAACAUCCUGAAUCAUCCCUAUUCUGAACAUAGAUCUCUGCCCAUUCUCGAUGAUUGGGUUUACGACGGUUCCCUCUCGGACGAUCUCUUGCCCGUCGACGAAGAAGAUCUGGUUCGAUUUCCUUUCCUCGGCAGUUGGACGGGUAAGGAAGGGCAUGGUUCAGAUUCAACCGCAUCCCUGCAAAGCAUCCGCCUCUGGCUUACGGAUGAUAAAGCCAUCAUAGGUCGGCACUGGAGUAGCCGGGGGUAUGCAUCAAUCAAAGGGUCGGUGGAGACGGUGGACGGAGUUACGAAGGUGGAACUCCGCUUCGACUUCUCUAUGUGGUCGCCUUCUUCCCUGCAACAAGGACCUCAAUCGGUACCGGAUGCGGACGACUCUCUCAUCAAGUUCGUUGCUUCUGACGCGCCGUAUACUACCAUGGUCUUCAAUGGCGUUUACUCGUCUGGUCCUCGACCUGAACUACGGGGCGAUCUCGGCUGGGAAGGUCAACCGAUAGCAGAUCUUCCCGUUAGCAUACUAUAUCGGCGCAUGGAUCCGGAGGCCUUUGCAUUCUACCACCCUGAUGCUAUACAGCUAUAUAGCAAUGCGAGGCUGCGCUGGGAUUUUGCCAUCAAGGCUGUAAUCCAAUCUGUGCGACGGCGCUUCUGGACCUGGACUUUCUUCAAGAAUCGACGGGAUCAGAGAAAGACGUUCCUCGAGUACGAGGUCGUCCGCCUUUUUGGAACACCUGGGGAGCAGCGAUCGAAAGACGAAGGCUGGGCAGUACACCUCCGGGAGUGCUUGCGGACAGUUUUGCCCGAUGACGGGUGCUUUUACUUCUCGAGAAUGAUGUGGAGAUGGGCUCAUGUGGCCGCAUAUGGUACCAGUCGAUUCUUCUGCAACGCAUGCAGUGGCGACCUUGUGGGCAGCAGACUCUGGUGCAUAGACUGUUGGUACUCCGCGUCAACGGCAGGUGUACCAUUCGAUCCGUCCGAUUCCUACGAUGUCUGCAAUCAGACGACGUGCAUUAACACGAAAUCGGGAAUGGAAGCGGUGAGGAGCAGUCAACCACCUCACGCCCUGUCACAUCGCCUUGUCCUCAUUCGGACGCAUCUACCCUGGCCGCUGUACCCUUCUAUCGUCAAGAAAGCCAACGACUUCGGGCAAAUAGUAGAGGCCAUAACGGACUCUAUCACCUCUGCCGCGACUUCUAAUUCUCGUGACGGUACGACUGACGUCUGGUAUUGCUCGGUGUGCUGUUCACCGCUCGGAUUCCCCUUCUGGUUCUGCCUGCAGCCAUGGUCAGACUGCUGGGACCAUCCUGUCUGCGACAAGUGUAUUCGCACACCGACCGAAUUCGAGUUUCCUGUCGGACGACAGAGGCUCAAUGAACCUAAGUCUUCAGCUUCAGAGCAUUCAGGACCCGACAGCUCGAAGUCAGACUCCGAGGCGAAGUCACGACCAAACCUCGCGGAUGUUCACGGUGAUCAUCACAUAUUUCUGAGAUGUCCUGAACCGCUUGAAAGAGACGAUGAAACCAAAACCCCCAGUCAGCUGGCUAUGGAGAAACACAUAUCCUCCAUGCAACAAAGCCUGUCUGAAGCGAUUGAUCGACUAGGAGCGUUGGAACGGACAGUGGAGAAGUUCAUUGGUGUUAUCCCCAAAACGUUAGACUGA